AUGGAUAAAAGACCGAUAAAUGAAUCAUCGACAAAUUUUCCGUCACUACCGCGUCCCCCACCAUUACCGAGCACAUUCCUUGACUUGCUUAACAAUACUUAUGAUGACGCGGAUAUAGUACAUAUGCUCGCCGAAACGGCAGAUAUGUCACAAAGAAUAUCUACCGAUGCCCCUUUAGAAUCAUCCUUUACAUUUGUAGACGAAAUCCCAGUAUUUAAACAACCGAAUCCGCCAGAAUUAAUGGCAUUCGAUGAUUUGGGCCAAUUAAAUAAAACUAAUGAUUAUUCAGAAGACAUGAAUUGGCUUGAUAAUGAUGGAAUGUAUGAUAUGGAAUUUGAAGAAUUAAACGCAGAUGAAUUUCAGGUUCAGGAUGAAGACAUUCAAAAAUUUAUGACUGAGAUAGAUUCUAAUUUAAACGAGGGUGAUGAUCACAUUGAAUCUGGAGACGAGGAAGAUUUUGAGCGACUUCUAUCUCAAGCACAAGCAAUUGGAAAAGAUCUUUCCACUGGUGAUGUCGUUCCUCAUUUAUGGCAAAAUUUAGAAAGUGAAUGGAAUGAAUUUAAUAAAGAUUUGAGAAUCACUAGUGGAAUAGGAAAAAUCCGGAAGGGAAGGAGUGGUCCAAGAAUUCGCACGCUGUCACCUAUGCUAAAGAAGUUAUUAGGAGACGCAAACUUGUAUUAUGUCAAUAAACAAUAUCCACAAGCCAUUAUAACUCUUCAAGAGAUUGUAAAGAUGGAUCCGAAUAUCCAUAUUGCUUGGUUUACGUUAGGAACCAUACAAGAUGAGAUAGGAUGUCCGGAUAAAGCGCUGCAAUUAUAUUUAGUUGCUGCACAUUUAACACCAAAGGAUGGUGCCUUAUGGAAAAGAUUAGGCUUAUUAAGCAAAGAUCAAAACGCUCUUCAUCAAGCAAUAUAUUGCUUCUCUAAGGCGAUUAGAUGUGAUCAUAAUGAUGAAGAUGCCAUCUGGGAUAGGUGCAUUCUUUAUGGAGAAAUAGGAGAAUAUAGAAAAGCAAUUGACGGAUUUAAAAAACUUUUACAAGAAAUGCCUUAUGACAUGAAUAUCAUUAGAGAAAUUACAAGAAUACAAGUACUGUUAAAUGAGAUUCCACAAGCCGUUGAGCUCUAUCUUGAUGCAUACGAAUAUUAUAGAAGCCAACCCUUUUCAGAAGAUCCCGAAUCUGAAGGCAGUUUGGGAUUUUCGGAAAUUAAUAUCAUGGCUGAGCUGUAUAUGCUUAUGAAUGAUUUUAGUAGUGCUAUUGAAUUCAUAAAACAAGGUGUGCGUUGGUUGCAAGGAAGGGAGAAUGAAACUUGGUGGGAUGCAGUCGCUGAUGAUCGAGAAUAUGAAGAAGAUGAGAAAGCAAAUAGAAGAGACACAUCUAUGUUAUUAGCUCGAUUUAGUGGUGUAGAUAAUAUUGGUGGUUCGAACGCUCCAUUACCAUUGGAAUUAAGAGUUAAAUUAGGACAAUGCAGAGUCGAAUUGGAACAACUCGAAGAAGCAAAAGCAAUUGAAAAAUAUGUUGACCUAUAUUAUGAGGUCGCCGAGACUUAUGCUGAAAAAGGAUUGUUUGAAGAUGCGUUGGCAAUUUAUGAAAUUGUUGUUUCGAAUAAUUCCACAAAUAAUGCAACCGCAUGGCUUCGAAUAGGAGCAUGUCAUCGGGAAUUAGGAAAUUUGCAAAGUGCUGUAAAAUAUUAUAAAGCGGCGGUGGACGAUUUACCCGAUGAUUUAGAUGCUAAAAUGGCCCUUGCUGAAGCAUAUGAAGGUUUAGGUGAAAAUGAGAAGGCACUGGAAAUUUAUCGCAAAUCUAAGCGAGCGGAAAAUGAAACCACUAAAACACAACAGAUAUCAACGUCGCAAAAUAGACCAAUUGUCAUCGAUACACCCUCAACAUUUCCGCAAAGCCUUGAUUCAUCACUAAUUCAUGAAUUAGAAGAAACGAAAGCUAACGCUUUCCAAAGAACACAGGAAGAACAUAAAAGACAACAAGCUGAAAAAGAACAUGAAACAAAGCUUCAAUUUCAUAGGCUCGAAUUAUUAUAUAAUAGUUUAAGGAAUGACGGCAAAAAACUUUCGGAUGAGUUUUCAAGGGAUGGAGACAAAGAAUCUCCAGAGGGUGAUAAUAAAAAAGCCCCAGAAGAGGAGUUUCUAAAAACAGCCAGAAUAUUAUUCGAAGAUCUUAAAAAUCACAGACAAUUCUUUCCCAGGGACAAGGCAAUAUUCUAUUAUAUUUCCAAGAUGAUUCCAUACAAAGGUUUUGACCGUCGUAGAUGUUGGAGAAGACAAUUGGCAUUAAGGGCGGAAGCUGCUGAUGAUGAUGAUGCAGAUCUUGAAGAACAAGCAACCACCAUGGCUAAGAGAUUACAAUGGCAGAUUGAUGGUGAAAUUGGAGAAUUGGAAGCCGAAAUACAUAAAAAAAUGACAGAGUUCCAGGGUCUAACAUUUGCGCAGUGGUUUGACUUUUCCAUAAAGUAUAUUUUUAUUGCCACCACAUAUGGUUACGAGCAAGAAGCUUUUGAUGUUCUCCGAACCGUUUCUAGAGCCAACAUUUUUUAUCACAACAGUAAAUAUAAAACUGGGUUUAAGCUAUUAUCAUUAGGUAGGUCAAAUUCGCAGAAAUAUUUUCUUCGUCAAGUCAAAUCAAUGGAUAAUGGUGUUUCAGGGGAUAAAAAAACAAACGUACCAGAAAAACCUAACGAUGCUUUACUAGCUCUUUAUGGUCAUAUAUUAGCAUGUGCCAGAAGUUAUAUUGGAGCUGUUGGCUAUUAUGCCCGUGCUUACGCUGAAAAACCAAAUGACCCUCUAAUUAGUUUGUCUAUCGGACUUGCGUACUUGCACCGGGCGAUGCAGAGACAAACAGAUAAUAGGCAUCUGCAGAUUAUGCAGGGUUUUACGUUCUUAUAUAACUAUUAUGAAUUGAAAGCUCGUAAUCAAGAAGCCGAAUAUAAUCUUGGGAGAGCAUUUCAUCAAUUAGGUUUAACACAUUUAGCGGUGCCUCAUUAUAAAAAAGCUCUUGAAUUACCAUCUUUACAAGAAGUUCUUAGAGAACAAGAAAAGAAAAAUAAUGAUGAAGUUUGUGAUGAGGAUCCAACAGACUUGAAAAAAGAAGCCGCAUACAAUUUAUCACUUAUUUGUAUUGAAAGUGGAUCCGUUGGGUUAGCUGCUAACCUUUUGAAAAAGUAUUGUACUAUAUGA